CCGCGAUUGGACGCAGGGUGGCCCUGGGAAGCUCCCCGAGGCCCUCAUAAGGAAAUGAUCAGGCCUCCAGAAGGCCCCAACAAGCCCUUGGCUCAAGCAACUUGGGAUCAAGCGAUCUUUGGCGGUGCGCGUACUUGCCCGAGGGGGAGGGAGGCACACCUCUACCGUCAGCGCGGGAUGUGGCAGCCAUGGCAGGGCAGUGCGGUGGGGCUGGCCGCUGCCAGCCUCGCAUGCAGUCUGUGGCUUGGGCAGGCCGCAGGUGGUGGCGGUGACCCUAUCUUCCAGUUGAAGAGCAAGAAGCUUGACAACGCCCAGUUCUGGAUCAUCUUUGCGGGAAUGGUCUUCUAUGGGCUCCUCAUCGACCGCGUCCAGUAUUUUACACAGCGAGCCGUCGAGAACAACCGCUGCAGCAAGAUGAUAUUCGACAGGGUUGUCACGGAGUUCAUGGUGUUCGGCAUCGUUGCCAUUACGAUUUUCAUAGGAACCAACUUGGAUCCAGACCUCGAUGAUAAGUUUCCGUAUUGUGUCACGCACCUCACUUACGCUGACGUGUUGGUGUCGUUCGCUGCGUGUUCCCUGAUCGGGCUGGGCGCAAUAUAUGCGUGGAUGCGGCACCGCACAUCGGAGCAUUUGCAGGGGUUUGAAGGGGAUGCGCACACCGACACUGUAAUCCCGAAGAUGGGAACUUGGACGCCCAUGAACGUCAAUUCAGCAGAGUGUCUUCCUGGAGCGGCAUAAGUUGACGACCGAUUCGUUUAACUGGAAUAUGUACUUUCAGGAGUCGCUUGCUCACCAGAUCUGCGAUCUGAUCAACAUUACGUGGGUGACCUGGCUUGUCUCGUUCUUGCUCUUGCUCCCCAUGGUGUUCUACAAGAUCUUCAUCGCUACAGACGCAGCCAAGACUCCAGCAUACAUCAACGGCUUCCUCUUUACGACGUUCUUUUUUUGUCUACUCACUUUGGCCACUGUAGUUAAGAUCAGGCUUCUCCGUGGAAAACUGUACGUAGCCGUGAACCGGUACCUAAAAACGCAUCGCCCAGAUGAAAUGGACGAGGACAGCGAAGACGAGGACAGCGAUGUUGAUGAUUUGGAUGACGUUGAGGAGCCCUUGCAAUGGUGGAGCGACUUCAUGGCGUGGCUCAUGCAAUUUGAGUCUCUGAGCGUGUGCUUCCUCCUGGGCAUGUACGUCAUGCACCUCACGUAUAACCUGAAAAUUUAUAAAGACGAACUGAGCUAUGGUGUGUGGUGGUACCAUCUUGGCUUCCUGGUCCCGCUCCUAUUCUCGUUGUUUGUCUUGUUCCCCUUGGGCUUGGUGGAGCUAACGACUGUCCAGGCUUUCUCCGCGCCCGACCAGGAGGUGCUCCACACAAUCGUCUCCGAGGUCCGCCAGGCUCACACAGACCUCGUCUUCAUCCAGAACAAGAUCACGGGCUUGACGCAGGGCAAGGCGAAGACACUGCUUCUCAAUGCGAACGGUGGUGACGAUACUGUGAAGAGGAUGGACUUAAUGAGCCUCUUGGUCUCGAUCGACGUACACCUCACGAAGGAGCGCGCCCUGGGCGUCUUCGACCUCGUGGACCAGGAGCACGAGGCCACCAACGUCACUCGUGGAAAGACCAUGCAGCUGAAGGUGAAGAACUGCCUCGAAGACGCCAUAGACACUCAGGUCCCCAUCGACGAUCUGCUGGACAGCGCCCGCAAGGCUAAGAUGGACGGCAAUCAGGGCAAAGAGGCGUGACCAGUACGUCCCCGCCAGGCGGUAGAGUUGUCAGAGCGAGGUGCUUCCCUGGCGCUCGGGCGCAAUAAACAGCUUGGGUGCGAAAGACGCGACGCUUGUAUAGAAUUCCCUCACGGCAACCACUGUCGAAUCGACGACGAAUCCUUAAUGAUUCACUUCUAACUAUUGGAAUUGAAUAUUGCUUCAUUUGGCCUUCGGCUCAAACCGCCACCGAGCCCAGUCCUCCUCUCACCCGUCCUUCCUCCUUUCCCCCUUCUAACCUUCGGUGCCGCCAUGGAUCCAGGCUGGCUUGCGGGAUGGCGUCUGCAGCGUGAGUGUGCUUUACUACGCUGGUGCGUCCAUAGUGGCGCGUUGUCUUUUUUUGUUUUGUGGUCGACCUCAGCCACCACUACUCGAUUCAUGUUACGGGCCAAGUGGAACAUGUCCACCGAAUCGACACCGUAUGUAUAUUUUUUUCGCGCUGGAAGCCGGCAAGCCGAGUGGCGACAUGUCCACCGCGCCCGCUGCAGCUCUUGUGCUCCGCGCAGCGUUCUUCACUUCGGCCAUCAACAAAAAAAAAGAAGGCCCCAACAAGCCCUUGAAAACAUUCGUGAGGCCCCC